UCUGGGUAACAUCAAACAUGGCGCUAGGUGACGAACUUGUAUUAGCCGGUGAUCCUGAAGAGGAGCCAGAAGCUGAGGAAGAAGAAGAAGAUGAAGAGGACACGGUCGACCCACAUGAUGUCAUCAAAGAAGAGUGUAAACAGUCUCCAGCUUGUCAGAAAUUUGAUUUAAAACUUGUUGAAUGCACUAAAAGGGUACAAAGUGCAUCAGAGACAGAAGAAACCUGCCAUGAAGAAUUUAGUAAUUUGGUUCACUGCAUAGAUCAUUGUGUCGCACCAAAGUUGUUUAGUAAGUUGAAGUAGUUGGCAUUGUUUUAUAGACGAUGUACCUGUGAACUUUGUAUUGGACAACUAUAACAGAAACAUCAACAGGAAAAUCUGCGGAGUCUUAAACAACAUGGAAUUAUCACUGUAAAAGGAUGAGUGUGUUACAGAAAUCCAACAGUUUUCUCCAUUUGCAUUGGAUAAACAAUUUUAGAAAGAAAAAAACUGACAGAUAUUUACAAAAUUCCAUAUUGUGUGCAAAUAGUAAGAAGAUGCGUUAUGUGACAGGUUAAUAAAUUUGUAUUGGAUGUUC